GGAAGUGUGUCCGCAGCCGUUUUCUUUCUGGCCAUUCAAGAUCCCCAGAGCCGCCUGCUUCCUUGAGCCCGGUCAGCCCGUAGCCCAGAGCGGCGAGCCGUCGAGGAGCCGCCUGGGGACGUUUUCCCUGGGUUCCAGCCUUGCUCGGGACACCCUGGCGCUGCCACUGAGUGUGACGCCAUGCACCUGCCACUCCCGGUCCUGCUGUUCCUGCUGUGCUGCGUCUCAGGACUGCCCUUCUACAAUGGCUUCUACUACUCCAACAGUCCCAACGGCCGGAACCCAAGCAAUGGCCACGGUGAAGGCCUCUUCAACGGAGUGAAGCUGGUGGUUGACACGCCUGAGGAGACCUUGUUUUCCCACCGAGGGGCCAAUGUGACCCUCCCCUGCCACUACCACUAUGAGCCAGACCUGCUCUCUCCGCGGCCCGUGCGCAUCAAAUGGUGGAAGCUGUCGGAGAAUGGGGCCCUGGAGCAGGAUGUGCUGGUGGCCAUCGGGCUGAGGCACCGCUCCUUCGGAGACUACCAAGGCCGAGUGCAUCUGCGGCAGGAGAGGGAGCGUGAAGUGUCGCUGGAGAUCCGGGACCUGCGGCUGGAGGACUACGGCCGCUAUCGCUGUGAGGUCAUUGAUGGGCUGGAGGAUGAGAGCGGCCUCGUGGAGCUGGAGCUGCGGGGUGUGGUCUUUCCUUACCAGCACCCCCACGGGCGCUACCAGUUCAACUUCCAUGAGGCCCAGCAGGCCUGCGAGGAACAGGAUGCAGUGGUGGCCUCCUUUGAGCAGCUAUUCCGGGCCUGGGAGGAGGGCCUGGACUGGUGCAAUGCAGGCUGGCUGCAGGAUGCCUCGGUGCAGUACCCCAUCACACAGGCCCGACACCCCUGCGGUGGCCCGGGCCUGGCACCGGGCGUGCGCAGCUACGGCCCGCGCCACCGCCGCCUGCACCGCUAUGAUGUGUUCUGCUUUGCUGCUGCCCUCAAGGGGCAGGUGUACUACCUGGAGCACCCUGAGAAGCUGACACUGGCAGAGGCAAAGGAAGCCUGCCAGGAAGAUGGUGCCCAGAUCGCCAAGGUGGGUCAGCUCUUUGCUGCCUGGAAGUUCCGUGGCCUGGACCGCUGCGAUGCUGGCUGGCUGGCGGAUGGCAGCGCCCGCUACCCUGUGGCUCACCCACGUCCCCACUGUGGGUCCCUGGAGCCUGGUAUCCGCAACUUCGGUUUCCCAGACCCACAAAGCCGCAAGUAUGGUGUCUACUGCUACCUCCCACGCUAGCCCCUGGGCCCCAGCCCUGGACCCACCCCUGCCCCUCCUUUGCAGGCUGUAUUUAUUGAGCAGUUCAUUUUCCCUUGCAGGUUGGGGCAAUUUUCAUUUUGUUUUUAUAUUUUGCAACUUAAAGGUUUUUUAAAAUACCAUCUUUUGGUAAAUCCAACAGAUCCCCAAUCCCCCCUCUACUCAGGUAAACACCCCAAGGCCCUCCCUCUCCAGGAGUCCCCCUGCCCCUCUCCUCUGGGCCACGUGAGCUUCAUAGGCUCACAGAGGCUCAGUGCCUGUGAGCCAGUGAGUCCAGCCCCUCUUCCUGCUGGGUAGCCGCUGGCGCCCAGAGCUGGCAGUGACACAAGGGGCCAGGGCACGGUGGCCCUGGGGGAGGGAGAGGGCGAGGGCACCCAGGGGGCCUCUGGAGCUGGGCUUUGGGCCUUGCAGUCUCCUGCCCCAUCGUGCUUCUCACGAAGCAGCUGGCCCAAAUCGGCAUGGCUGAGGAGCUAGGGCUGGAAGCCGGCCCCUGGGCUUCUGUGUGAGAUCCUAGGGAAGAGAGACAUUUCCCUCGCCUUUUUUCCUUUUAUCUUGGUUCCAAAGAAUCUGUAGUUUGUUCUUAUGUUUCCCUUUUCUGGAGAGGGAGGGUGUUCUCAGGUUGUGUGUACCUUUUUUGGACAAUAAAUGGUGCUGUGACCCCUUUCUCCAUCCCCA